AUGGGCGACCCCGGAGGGGCUGCGCAGGCCCAGGAGGGAGAACGGACGGCGCCCGCCCAGGGCGACGGGCUGUUGAUGUUGCCGCCACGGGUUCUCGUCCGACCGUGGUGGUUCCCCGCCGAGGACCUGGAAGACCCGCUGGUGUUUUACUUGGAGGCAUGGCUGGCCGAUCAGAUCUUCGGCCCAGAGCUAGAAAUCCUUCCAGAGAUACAGUGGAUGAGCCAGGCCCUGCUUUCAGUGAACACAGUGAAAUCCGGGACCUUCGUUGAAAUCAGCGUCUUUGGAAGGCCCCGUGUACAACUUCACGUGAAGAGCGUGAUCCUGAGCCUGGCGUUGAGGCACAAGGAACAUCGUGCUGCAGCUGAGAAGGUGGAACAUUUUAAGGAGUUCUUGAAGGCACGUGCAGCAGAUCCCCAGCCCUCUUGGCGCCCUGCUGCAGAAGUAUUGUCAGGAGCUUAUGAGAACAGCCCUGCUUCUACCACUGUAGUUGAAAAGGGCAAGUCUCCUUAA